AACAACCUGCGAUAUGUGGAAAACUAUAUAAUAAUAACAUGCGCCGCAGAUUCUCCUAUAAAUAUUCUUCAAGUAAUCAGAUAUCGACACAACCACAUUAGAUAAACACGGUCGAGAUAUUUAUUGAAUCUGUGAUAAAACGUUACGUAGUAUUUUGUCACAGUUUUAUCCAACGAGUGAAAAAUUAUGAUGGAAGUAGGUUGUGAGAGCGGAGGCGCGGCCGGCGCCACAUUCGCCGCAGCCUUGCAGUUUUUCGCCGCAUCACAAUGCCUCGUCCAGGAGCCAUGGCCUCCGCAAGCUAAUGUUCAAAAUGGGACCCAUUUUGACUUCAUCGUGGUGGGUGGCGGCACUGCCGGGGCCACCCUGGCUGCAAGGCUGUCUGCGCUGCCGGUCAGCGUCCUGCUACUGGAGGCUGGAGGCGAUCCACCUCAAGAUAGCAUUAUUCCUGGCUUCAAGGACAGUAUGAAAAGAAGUUAUUACGACUGGAAUUUCACUACAACAAAUGACUACUAUUCAAGUCAAUCUCUACAAGAUGGCAGUCAGAGACAACCUCGUGGUAAAAUGCUGGGAGGCAGUGGAUCCAUUAAUGACAUGAUUUAUUCUCGUGGCUUUCCGGCUGAUUAUGAUGAUUGGGCCUCUAUAGUCGGGGAGGGCUGGAAUUGGGAUAAUGUUCUGUCGUACUUCAAAAAAACCGAAUAUUUGACUGACGAAAGAAUUACUAUCAAUCCAGACCUGGCAAGUCUUCAUGGUUUUGAUGGAGAAAUCGAAGUUAGUGGUUCUACUGAUUCAACUUUUGCUACCGACAAAUUUCUCGAAGCUUUUAAGGAGCUGAAUUUUAAUAUUGUUCAAGAUAUGACCAAUCCAAACACAAUAGGCGCAGGAAGAUUCUCUCAUACCAUUAAAGAUGGUAAACGGCACAGUUCUCUCACUGCACUCCUCAACAAAGCAUCGGAGAGAAAUAACUUGUUUGUUUUAAAAGAGGCCCACGUUGUUAAAAUAUUAGUUGAAAAUGAAACGGCGUAUGGAGUCAAAGUUUUAUUAGAAGGUGAUGAAUUUAUCUUCUAUGCUGAUAAAGAAAUUAUUAUGACCGCAGGAACGUUUAAUACUGCAAAAUUAUUGCUCCUUUCAGGAAUUGGUCCUAAAGAGCAUUUAGAAGAAAUGGGUAUCAGCGUCGUCAAAGACUUGCCUGUUGGAGAAAAUCUUCAUGAUCACGUCAUGGUACUGACGUAUUUAGCAGCGGAUAAUGGGACAUGCGACUUGGAUAAAAAUAAUGUCCACAUGGAUACCAUUAGGUAUCUUUAUGACAGAAGCGGAUCGCUCGUUAGAACUUCUGAUUUAGGCGCGUACAUAUCUUACAAUGAAGCUGCGAAUGUACCAGACUUCGCUAUUUAUCCAACAUGUAUUUACGCUAAUAGUGAUUUUUAUGUAGCGUGUCUAGAAAUUUUAGGUUUCAAAGCAAGCAUUUGUGAAAAAAUCGAUUCCUUAAAUAAAGAUUUGGAAAUCCUUUCGUUAGCCGUCGUAAAUCUUAAGCCGAAGUCCAGAGGACGAGUACGCUUGCAGUCCCUCGAUCCUCUCGAUCCUCCGCUCAUUUAUUCAGGAACAUUUAAUGAUGGCAGCGAUUUGGAUUACUAUCCCGGUGCCAUAGAAACAGCUCGGUCAAUAGCUAGCACGUCUUAUUUCAACUCGAAAAACGCUUUUGUUGUCGAAUUUGACAUAGAACAAUGUAAUGAUUUCAUUGAUAGAGAAUACUUGGAGUGCCUUGCGAAAGCUACAGCUAUGUCUGCUUGGCACGCUGUUGGCACGGCUGCUAUGGGAACAGUAGUGGAUUCAGAACUAAGGGUUAAAGGAAUUAACGGAUUGAGGGUAGCUGAUGCCAGUGUAAUGCCAAAUGUAGUUCGAGGUAACACGAAUUCUCCCGUCGUAAUGAUAGCUGAAAAAGCGGCGGACUAUAUCAAAGAUUAUUAUAAGACUCUGGGUUAUUUAAAUAAAAAUUAAAUUAACCCUUCUGAUAAUUUGACUAAUUACAAAGCAAAUGACGUUGUGAUUAGGUUUGAUAAACUUGAUCAGUAAUUUUCAUAUAAGUACUACAUACCUAUGUUUACCGUAACAUUUAUAUUUUAGGACGAUAAUCUAAAGUUCUGACGCUGUUCCUUGAAAUAAGUUUUAUUUUGUGACUGAAUGAUUUAUAUGUGAUUUUGUUUCGACAUUAUUUUAAAUAAUACAAUUAUGAUAAUAAACUUUGA